GGCGCGGCCGCGUAAUCCGUCACUCCCGGGAGAUGGUGGCUCAUUAACCCAUUACCCGGGAGGUGGGGACGUGCCGGGAGGGAGCCAGGGAAGGAGAGCCGGGGGUGGGAAAGGCACAGCGGGCAGGGGAGGAGCCGUGCGGGGCCGGAGCGGCGGAGCCCGGGCAGGGACAGAGCGCUGCCCCGAGCACGGCGGGCAGGGACGGCGGCGGCCACCGGGGCCACGCGUGGGGCAACCUCGGCGAGCCCACCGGCCUCUCCCCACGCCAGGAUGAAGAGGCUCUGCGAGGAGAGCUCGUCCGACACGGAGUCUGACGGCACCAUCGACGUGGGCCGGGAGGAGGAGUACAGCCAUGUUUCCAGGUCUGUGUCUCCCACCACGACAUCUCAGAUACAAGCCAGGAAGAAGAGGAGAGGGAUCAUCGAGAAGCGGCGCCGUGACCGCAUCAACAGCAGCCUCUCGGAGCUGCGGCGCCUGGUGCCCACGGCCUUCGAGAAGCAGGGGUCUUCCAAGCUGGAGAAGGCAGAAAUUCUACAAAUGACAGUGGAUCACUUAAAAAUGCUUCAUGCCACAGGAGGAACAGGCUUCCUGGAUGCCCGGGCUCUGGCUGUGGAUUACAGAAGCAUCGGAUUCCGCGAGUGUCUCACCGAAGUUGUCAGGUACCUGGGCAUCCUCGAGGGCCAGAACGCUGCCGACCCCAUCCGGCUGCGACUCCUGUCCCACCUGAAUAAUUACGUGGCAGAAAUGGAGCCUUCACCCGUGGCCACAUCCCUGCUGCCCAUCCAGACCUGGCCCUGGUCCUUCCUGCACGGCGCCGCCGGUCCUGUGCAGAUCCCCAGGAGGGAGGCUGCUCCCGCUCCGGUUGUUUUGACUGCAUCUUCCCUGGCUUACCCCAGCCCUGCAGUGAGGCCUGCCCCUCUCCGCCGUGUCCCCGGUGAGAUGCUGCCGUCCCGCCGGAGCUUCCUGGCCAGCAGGAUGGGCUCCUCCAGCCGGAGAGCCCGCGGCGCCGGCUCGGCCGCAGCCGUGCCAGCCGUGCCCAGGAUGCCAUCGCCAGCGGGAGCACUGAGAGAGGGCUCAUCCAAGAGCAGCCAAAUCGCCACAUUCCUCUUCUCCCCAGCCUCUGCCGGCAUCCCUGUGCCGCCAGCUUACGCGGCACCUCCCGUCUUGGGUGCUGCCACGCAGGGACCAGGGAUCAGGGUUGGGACAUCCAGGAUCUGCCGCUCCUGGGCGACGGAAAUCGGGGCUUUCUGACCCUCCCUCCCCCUCCGGAGACAGGAGUUCUCCAGCGCUCGUCGCCCACAAGGCUGAGAACAAACUCGGUUGAAAAGGCAUCUCUCCUGCUUUGCAGAAGCCAAGGAUCCAUAGAGAAAAUUCUCUCUGCUCUUGCCUCCCUCCUUGCACCGCCCUCCUCGCCUCACCAUCACACGUCCUCUCCCUCGUGAUGCCUGCAAACGUAAAUCACAUCCAAUUCCAUGCACUUGUCUGCACGAGGCCACUCUCCAGACCCUUCUGGAUACGAGGGAGGGGGCACACGCAGAUCCCAACCCUGUUCCUCCUCCAGCAAACCCCUCUGCAGAACCCAGCCUUGCUCUCCUUUGGAAAACAGCCAGCCUUGAAAUCCUGUCUUUAUUUCCCCGGGGACUCGGAGCUGCCAGCCAGACUUGCUCGUGCCGAUUCCCUGCGACGCAUCCCCCAGCUGCAGCACCUAAUUUUGGUGUGGGGGGAUGGACACAGCUCACACCCCAUGCCCAGCACUGCUGGCACCCUCAAGGCAGGCUCCAGCCCCCCCAGCUCCCGAAGAGAACUGGCUGCCUGCUAAUCCCUGCGCUUUCCUCUCCGCAUUACCAGCUUUUCCCACUUAUGUGCCCUUAAGGUGGAGUGAGGCAGCGGCUUAGCAGGGCUCUUUCCCACAGCCCAGCUGAGAUCCCGCCGUGGCUGCAGGGCCUGUGCUGGGUUCCUGGCACAAACCCCGCUGGAGCAGCCGGCCAGGCCACCCGGGCACAGCCCCUGCCCCGCCGAGGUGUGAAGAGGUGAGACAAAGGAUUUCAAAGGGACGCCUGUCACCGAGGGGAAGGCUCUGACUGCCAAAGUGAGAAGAAAAUGCCUUUUCCUCUGUCAGGCUCCCUGCUGGAGCUGUCUCUCCUCCACCCCCUGCUGAACAGCCCUGACUGCAAAGGGGGAAAAUGGAUUGGAGCAGCCUGAAUUUGAAGUGCCUCCCUUGUUCUCCCUGAGCUCAGCAUCCCUCACCCUCCCCUCCCACAAUGUCUCUGUUUUCUUUCUCCAGCACUAUGUUUGGGUCUCACACCUCUCAUCCCCUUCCCUGGGCCGGGACCAAAACCCACUGAGGUGUCACUGCACUUGUCCUGAGUCCUGAGAGCUCUCCCUGCCUCGCCCUGUGUGCUCCUAUAUGACUGUCACAGCGGAUCACACCUCUGCUCCUGCAGCUGGCCUCCCCUCCUCUCUUCUUUGGGCAGAAAGAACAGAAGCUUGAAGCUUUCAAGCCACCCUGCCCCUGUGCCAUGUCCUGUGGUGGCAGGGCAGGGUGUCCCAGCGCUCCCCCUCACCUGAACAGCUCCCUGCAUUUGUGCCUUGACUUGCUGGGAUACACGUGCAGAAUAUUCUGGACCCAGCUGCAUGCCCACCCCUCGCCCAUCUCUACAGCACUCCGACAUGAAAAGAGAGAAGAAGUUAGUGCAAAGAAAGGUAAUAAAGAGGGAGAAGAUCUCUUUUGAAUGGGAGAAACUCUUCCCAUGCCUCAGGUCAGAGGUGCAGCCGGUUGGGCUGUGUGGAUGAGCUGUUGUUUUCCUUCCUGCAGAUGGUAUCUGCCAUGUGCAUGUCAAUGUGUGUAUCUGCCAUUGUUUGGGAAGUGAGUCCCUCCCAGUUGUUUUGAUGGAAGUCAUGGCACUUAACACACAGAAAUGCCUCUGCUGCUUCUCACCCUUGUCCUCAAGUGCCGGAAUCAGCCAGGAACAACAUAUUCCCUUUUAAUAAAGUCACAGGAGGGAAAUCCUCGUGGACCCUGGCUGUUCCUGCAGCUGGUUUGUGCACUAGAGCUCACGGCCUCACUUUACACUGUACAGUGCUCUUAGAUUCACAAGCUGUGACAUCAGCAAAGGUGUCAAAUAAAGUCUUUCAAACCCCU